CCGGGGAAAGCCUGCCGAGCGAGACCCGGUGCUGAAGAUAGUUGGCAACGUUUUCGGUGGCCGUGCCACUGACCUCCAUCAGCCGUCCCUGGCCCCAGUCAGAGUCUGAGGUAGUCACCAUGCGGGCCCGGGCUGCUGCUGCUGUCGCCGCCGCUGUCCUCUCCUGGGUCGUCCUGGCGCCGUCUCUCACGCUCGCCACCCAUCAGGAGCAACAAUACCUGGCAGACCCGGACAUCCCAGAACAGUCAACUUUUCAGCAGGGCCUCGAUAAUUCCCAGCCUUCGGAGAAGGAUGUUGAGAGGAUGUCCUUCAUCCAGUGGAUCCUGACUCUGCUAGGGUACAGUCCCACCAAGCCUAGCGUGCACCCUCCCCCAGAACCCAUCGAUCAAUCCAAGUGCACCCCUUGCACAUGUGGCAUAACGAACAAGCAGACAAGGAUUGUAGGUGGUCAUGUCACUUACGUCAAUCACUUUACUAAUAUUCAGUAUAUGUUUGAUGUAGCAUGUUACAUAACGAAAAAGCAGACAAGGAUUCAUGUGGCAUAA